GCGGAAAAUUGGGAAACGGGUGUUGCAGACUUCGACUUUUCUCUCUUAGGCUGAACCAUGUCACCCACGCUCUUACUAUUGAUUGUAACACUUUCUGGAGUAUUGUGUUAUCUUCCUAAUGCAAAGGACAACUUAUUGACUGGAGUAUUUUUACGUGGUCUCGUAAAUCGAUUCAAUGGUAAAGAGGACGGCGACAUAUCCUAUCUAGACUUCACUGACGGUUUACCUCUGAAUACCAGAGCUUUAUCCAGAGAUAUGAAGGAAGAACAAUUGUUUCCGUUAGAUUAUGACAACCUUGGGGAUGUUAAUAUGUAUCCGAGUAUUAGAGAUCAAGAACUAAUGCAACACAGCAGUUUAUGGGGUAAUCAAUAUAUUUCUGGUGGUGCUGGAGACGGGAACCAACUUUUGGGACCAGGCUUGAAGCUGUCUAAGCAGGAAAUUAAGACAGAUGCCUCAUUACCAGCUUAUUGUAACCCUCCUAACCCAUGCCCCGUAGGAUAUAACGCUGAACAGGGUUGUCUUGAAGAAUUCGAAAAUUCCGCAGCAUUUAGUCGAAGCUACCAAGCUUUACAAGAUUGUAUGUGUGAUGCAGAACAUAUGUUUGACUGUCCAAGUGCCAAUAAUCCAAUGGUGGAAGAUCCCAUGGAUGUCGCUAGAAUGGACUUUGGACGGCUUUUGCAACAGUCUCUAAAGGUUAAUCAAGGAUAUCCUCAUAAAAACCUUGUUGCAAAAAAGUAUCAUUCUGAUGAAAAGACUCAUAGGGAAAAUCCAUUCUUGACCGGAGAGAAGCUACCAGUUGCUGCAAAAAAGGGAAACAAUAUGUAUUAAGUAUUAGGUCUUAAGACUUUAAAAUAAAAUUUAAAUUAACUUGUAUUAUCUUGCUUAAAGGUAUACAUUAAAGAUUAUAUAUUAUAAAAUAAUAGUAUAUAAACUAUUAUAAAACCACUAAUAAACAAAUAUAUUAUCUUACGGUUCAUAGUAAUCCUAUUUAGACCAAAUUAUUAUUAAAAUAGGAUUGAUAUAUAACAUUAAUAAUCUUUAGAUAGAUUUAUAGUUUUUGGUCUAUUAUAAAUAAAGUCUUUAUGUAAGUGUU